AUGUCUUACCAAAAAGUACAGAAUUUCAAAUGUCGUUGUCCGCUUAUCCGUCCAGAUGUUUAUGGUUUGACUCAAUCUCAUCAGAUUCCGAAUACUCCAUGUGAUCGUUCAUCAAACGAUGUAUUCCUCAAUCAACAUCUUCAGUGGUACCAUAAUUUUGAUAGUGUAUCCGCACGCAAACUAGUUCGUGCAAUUUGUAAUAAUACCAGUCCAAACGAACAUUUAUUUUCAUCACAUGAAACUGUUCUUAAACAGAAUGUUUCAGUGGAGAAUUACAAAUGUAAAUGUCCAUUAACACAAGACGGUGUAUUUGGUUUAUCGGAUGACCAUGAUGUAACGAAUGUACCAUGUGGACGAGCUGACAAAGAAGUGCUCUGUUUUCAACACUUACAGUUUCAUCACAAUUUAUCAUCACGUGCAGCAAAGAAAAUCGUUCUAGCUCUAGUUUCAUACACGCCAAAAGUCACGCAACUUUUUCAUAACACUGAUCUUAUCACACAAUCAAAAUGUGCAGUGAGAAAACUGAAGAGUAAAUGUCCACUUCUCUCCCGACACAUAUAUGGUUUACAUGAACAUCAUCAUGUACCAAAUAUUCCGUGUGAUCGAGCCGAUCAAGAUAUAUUUUUAUUUCAUCAUUUAACCUAUUUUCAUAAAAUGAACGCCAAAGCUGCAACCAAAUUAAUUCGAGCAUUGCUAAUGAAUAAAGACCCGUUGGAACCAGUAUUUCAUUCCAGUGAAAUUAUCAUUGCCUCGGAUCAACCCCGCGGUCAUCAAUCACAAGAACAUCAUCGAACCCAAGUCAAACAGAAAUCCAAUAAUAAAAACUACUACGAGAAUCUUAUGGAUUUCUCUACACAUUACCAAACACUUCUUAAUGCAAUUCAUACAUCCAGUUUUGUACCAUCAACAGCUAAAAACUCAAGUGAUAAAUUCGAUAAGAGUAUGAUGCCAUUAGAUUGCAGCAAAUGGAAGCAACACUCAUGUCAAAUAACUUAUCCGUACACAACAGCAGAAAUGGCACUUGCGCAUGAUAUUGAAAUCAACUCCUUUCUUACAUAA